GCUUCCGGCUUCACCAGACUCUCCUGAAGCUGCAGCAGAAGAACAGAUCUCCAGCGGAACACGGUUAUCUGAUGUUGUGUGUGAUAUCUGUGUUCCGGUGAUGAGGAUCGGUCCGCGCGGGAUCCUGAACGGUUGCGCUGUUUGCUCGCUCUUACUCGGAGGAUUCUUAGGAAGGAUGUCGUCGUCUGUGUCUGGGAUUCAGGACAGAAGUGUGAUCUGGGAGACGUCGGAGCUGUCGGCGUAUCUGCACUCCUCCCCGUGGACUCCAGGUGUCGCUGUCGUCACCCAUAAGAGCUUCAGCAGCUCCUCCAGCCUCUUCCACUUACCUGAGGAUGCGUACCUGCAUCUGCUCCUGGGCGCCAGGUCAGUGUCGCAGCUGCUGUGUGAGAGUCUGGCGGCGCAGCGCUGCGCUUUGGUCUAUACUCCACACAGACGAGCCGGAGCCGAGCUCCACGUGGUGCCUCUCCACGGCCUGCACUCGGAGUGGAAACCUCACCUCGCUGCGGAGGAGGAUUUCCAGACGUAUGAUCCUGGAUACAUCAGCUCCAAGAGCGGCCCGCGCUGGACGGAUGAGGAUCUAGACGCCAUCAGGGACAAAAUCCGGGCUCAGCUGCCAAACCCGAAUGCGGCGCCCAACUACACCUUUCUGGGCGAUCCAUCCGAUCCCGGUCUGUUCCCACGCAUCGUACGUGGAGAAGAGAAGCAGUGGAGAGUUUGGGAAGACAAAGAGCAUGUGGCGUUCCUCACGCCGUUCCCCAACACGCCCGGACUGACCGUUCUGGUCCCGCGGAAGCCCCUCUCCAGUGACAUCUUCCGGCUGGAGGAGGAUGACUAUCGGCGGCUAGCGCUGGCUUCCCGGAAGGUGUCCGGGCUUCUGGAGGCGGGGCUAGGUGCCUGGGGGGUGGGGCUUAUUUUUGAGGGCUUUGAGAUUGAUUACGCUCAUGCUAAGCUGAUUCCGCUCGUCUCUCCACCUGAUGAAGCGGAGAUGAGCCUCAGCUGUCCGGCUCCGGAGUUCUUUGACCACUAUCCGGGUUACGUGACGUCCGUCAGCGGUCCUCCAGCCAGCAGGGAGAGUCUCCAGCAGAUCUGUGCCAGAGUUACCCAGCGCUAACCAGGGCUGCAAAAAGGUGGUACAUUUCCAGUCAUUUUGGAAACUUUAAAGACAUUUUUUGAAAAUUUCAAGGAAUUUUUUUUAAUCUUCCAGGAAGUUUACGGAAAUUUACCAGAAAUAGUACACCCUUUUGCAAUCCUAGCACCAACCGCUUUCUGCCAAUGUUUAGAGUAAUGGCAGAAAUAACUAGAGGUUUAGAGAUAUAUUAUCAUCAGCCGAUGUGGUCGAGACGGGACUUUUAUUUUGACAGCACUGAGAACGACAGCAGCUGAUCUCACACACUGCAAGACAGUAUUUUUUCCUUUAGUAUGUUUGUCUUGUUUUCCAAUAGAGCUGCAACUAACAAUUAUUUUGAUAAUCGAAUUGUUGGCUGAUUAUUGUUUCUAUUAAACGGAUAAAUAAAAAUAAAAUUAAAAAUUCCAUAUUUUUAUUUUAAUGAGAAAAACACACUAUUCCACAUUCUGCCCAAUGUCUUUCAGCCCAAUGUGCCAACAGAAAGCUGUGAACACAUACAGUGCUUAAGAAUUUAUUAGACCACAUGUUAUAAUAGAGAAAAAAACUUUUAUUGUCAGUUAUUGGGCAAAUAACAAACUGAAACAACUAGAUUAGGAUUUAUUUAAAUAAUAACAAAAAUGCAAAAAGGUGGUAAAUUUCCAGUAAUUUUGGAAACUUUCCAGGAAUUUUUGGAAUCUUCCGGGAAUUUUGGGAAAUUUUACAGAAAUUUACCUGAAAUAUUACACCCCUUUGCAAUCCUAGCGCCAACUCCUUUCUGCCAAUUUAAUCGGUCUUUUUUAUAGUAAUGACAGAAAUAACGAGAGGUUUACCGAUAUAUCGGCUGAUAACAGAUUGUUCUAAUAUCGUCGUAGGCUGAUGUGAUUGAGACGGGACUUUUAUUUUAACAAACUGAAACAACUAGAUAGUAUUUAUUCACAUAACAACAAAAAUAUCCUCCUUUGCCUUGAUAACAGCACACAUACUUGCUGGCAUUAUCUACUUUAUUAACUAAUUGUGUAUCUGAAUCAAAAAACAUCAUAAAGCACUUGACUUUUUUCUGUCCUUUUUUUUUUAGAAAUAGCCUACUACUGUUACUAAAAAGCUUAUGCAUAUUGCAGGUCUAACCGAUACAGAGCUAAAACAUUAUUUUGGUAAUUUCCAAUACUGUUAGUUAAGAGCAGCAGAGGCUCAAACCUAACAAAAUUGGUUAAAAACCCUACAUUUGUUUAAAAAAAUUUGUUAAUCAGUUAAAAAUCUAGAUCAAAAAUUGAAACAAUAAAGAUCAUAAAGACGAAUGAAAUCACAGUAAUUAAUAAUAAAAGAUUUUAACUUAAGGCAGACUGUCAGGAAGGGCCUUUUAUGCAAAAAUGGAAAGACUUGUGUGAACUUGUGACAUUUACAGACAAGGAUUUGACGGUUCACUGAGGACUCACACAUGUAUCUGUAAAAACAGACAGCCAUUACACUAAAGCAUCCGCCUGAAGCUUGAAAUAAAGAUCUUGGGCAGCUUGGUUCCUGCAGGAGCUCAUUCUGUUUCCUCCAGUGUUUGUAGAUGCAUUAUGUCAUAGAAAUGUGUUAUUCAGUGCUGUAACUAGAUGCAACUGGCAGUUACGUGCACUGAGGACACAGCCGAAUAAUCCUUAAUGAGAAUCAUCGUCACUGAUUUUCAUCAUUGAUAAUAAUAGAUUUUAUCGAUUAGUUGUUGCAUCUCUAUUUUCUAGUAGAAACGUUACAGAUUCUGGAAUUAUGACACGUUUACUUGACAAGUAUAAUGUUUUUUACUUAAAAAAUAUCUGCCAAUUGUGUAAGAAAACUAAUCUUGGACACAAUACACACAAACUUACCAGAUUACGGUGUUUUACUUCCUUUUAAUUUUAUAGACAUUUAAAAAAAAAUCUUUAUUUUUGAAAAAUACUGUAAUAAGAUUACAGAAUCGAGUAGUUGUCAUCUAAAGUAUGUAUAAGUGUGUUUAUUUUCCACACUAAUCAUUUGAAAAUUUAUUUAGAUUUCUUAAAUAAAUAAAAAUGAUGGAAAAACAGAUUGGUCGAUAUAUAAGAUCUUAUCAUCGUAUGUUAUAAAAUGUGAAAAUUAUUGAUUUACAAUAAAAUGAAAUAUGAUCGCAAACACAA